AUGACAUGGGCUGUGACGUCCCAAGCAGCCUGUGAGGGCAAUAGCGCCCAGGGUCCUUCAGGGGAUGGGCGCUCCCAAGGGACCUCCCAGGUCACUGAGGUGGUGGGCCCUCAAAGGGUGGCGGCGUCUGGGGGCCCUACCACAGGGGCCUUGGGUUCUCGCCAAGGAGUGGGGCGAUCCCAGGACCCUGCCAGGGGCAGUGGCGCCCCAGUGUCCCACCAUUGGCCGGCAGACCUGAGACCCUCCCGGGGUGGUGGUGGCCCCACAGACCUUCCAGGGCGGCUGGCGCACCCGAGCCUUACCAGGGACAGCACCCCAUGGGCCCUCUCUGUCAGUGGCAGCAACGUCCUGAGGCUGGCCCUUUUCAAAGUAGCGGUGCCUCCAAAGACCCCUCCCAAGGGCAGUCAGCUGACCCCCAAGGGCCCUGCCAGGCGUGGCCAGCAGCUCCCAGGGGCCCUGCCCUGGGGCAGCAUCGCCUGCAAGGGGCACUGGAAGGUGGGCUCAAUGGAGGCCUGCCAGGCUGUAGCCUCCCAAGGGCCUCUUCCAGGGGCUCUUCAGGCCCAGGUCUCUCUCAGGGCAGCGGCGCCUCAGGGGCCCUCCCAAAAAGCGGCUGGGACCUUAGAGGCUACCGUGGCUGUAACAGGACUCUUCACGAACAUGGGGUCCCGUGCCCUCCCAAGGGCGGCGGCGCCCCUGGGGAGCCCUCCCACGGUGCAGGCGCUGCAGAAAUUCCCAGGGGCAACAGGCGCGCAGCCCUUCCAGGGGCAGUGGCCCCAAGGGCCCAACUUGGGGAACAGGGCCCUCUCAGGGCAGCAGCGGCCGUGUCCCUGUCAGGGGCUGUAUGGUAUCCUCAGGGCCUAUUCAGUGGAGCCACAGCGUCACAGAGUCCUCCUAGGCGCGGCGGCGCCCAUUAGAGGCCCUCCCAGGGGCAACCAGGGCCCCUGGAGCUCCUUUGGGGUGGAAGCUCUCCUGGACCCUCUCAGGGGCAGCGACGCCCCAAGGGCCCCUGGCAUCAGGCUGCCAGCGUCUCAAGGGGCCCUAUUGGGGCGAUGGCGCCCAGGAGUCUUCAAGGGGCGUGGGCCGGCUCCCAAGGACCUCCCAGAUGCUGAGGGCGGUACAGGGAGCCCUCACAAGGGUGGCGGCGUCUUUGGGACCCUACCGCGGAGGCUGGAGUCCUCACCAGGGGCAGCAAUCCCAGGGACCCCUGCCGGGGCAGUGCCCCCCCCAGGGCCAUCCACGGGUGGGGCGCCCCAAGUCCCCACCGACCCUGGCCGGCGAACCUGCAGGGACCUCCCAGAGGUGGUGGUGGCCCUGAGCCUUCAGGGGCGACUGCGCACCCAGGGGCCUUACAGGACAGCACCCCAUGGGGCCUCUCUAUGGUGGUAA